CUUUUUUAUUUAAUUAAAAAAGACCGAUGACUAGUACAAGUACUCAACAUCAAAGAAAACAACCUCAUGAAGUGAACUUGAUGCCAGAUCCUAGUGCACCUCCUCUGGUAGUCAGAUGGUAUCAUGCUGCUGAUGCACCUCUUAUCGAUCCAGUAUCUAUUCGUCAAGAAAAAGCAAAAAACACUACUGUUACAUCUACUUCUACUUCUACUACAACAACAGCAACAACAACGACAACUACAACAACAGGAACUACACAAGCCAAGACAAAGGUAUCACCAAAAAGCUGGGUUCCCUUUUCUGGACGCGAUUCUUCUGCUAUUGAAAAAGCCUAUCAAGAUGACAUUAAAGGUGCUAAAAUUCCCGUGAAUGAAGAUUAUUUAUUUGAAGUGGAUGUAGAAAAACGAACUAUUGCACCGAUCUAUUGGGAAGGUCCUAUUUUCGAAAUUCGAAGAGCAACUUGGUUUAUACAAGGUGAUGGAUCAAAAUGGAUACCUUGUGAAGAAAACUUGGCUGAACAAAUUGAAAUUGGAUACCAGAAGCGAAAACCAUACGAAAUUGUACAUGAACAUCCAGAAUCAAAUAUCGAUAACAAAACUAAUAUCACUUCAUCUAUUGAAUCAACAUCCGCUCAUGAAGAAUCGAAACUGAAAACAGCUCUAGAGUCCCAACCUGUAGAAAAACAAUGGAAUCUAUUAGGCGCCUAUCUCGAACAAUAUGUUGUUUACACUGGAGAAAAUACUGCCUGGUUAUUAUAUGAUACGACUGGUAGCAAGAUCGCAAAAAGUAUCAUUACCAAAUUAACCAAUGCUCAGAAUUUAGGUGGGACUCGAUUAUUACGUGGUUAUACGCAAGUGAAAGCAAGUGAAAGUAAAAAAUCAACAACAGCAACAACAACAACAAAAAUCAAGGAUGAACAAAAAGAUCAGGAUGCCACUAAAAAUCUAUCCCCAGAAGAAGCCACCGAUCGUGAAAUGACUCAACAACAUACUGAUGACUAUGAAAAUGAAAAAAGUGAAGGGGAAUUACGACAAAUUGAUCAUGUGAUUUUUGCUAUUCAUGGAAUUGGGCAAAAACUGACUGAAAGAUUUGGACAAACAUUUGUUCAUGAUUGUAACCUUUUACGGAAAACAAUGAAAACAUGCUAUCCUUUGGUCAAUGAAACAACAUUGUCUCACAAGGCCAAUGGUAUUCAGGUAUUACCGAUCUUAUGGAGACAACGUAUUACGUUUGGUAUGGCAAAUGAUGAAGAAGACAGGGAGGCUGAUAUGGGUACACGUGGUGGUGAAGAUGGAUGCCCUACUUUGGAUGAAAUCACUUUACAAGGAAUCCCUAUGUAUCGAGUGCUUGUAUCCGAUGUCUUUUUAGAUAUUCCUUUAUAUAUGACUCAAAAAUACCGUGACCAAAUGACUGCCAUUAUUACCAAUGAAAUCAAUCGAGUUUAUCGUCUCUUUUUGGAACGCAAUCCAGAUUUUAUUAAGAAUAAUGGCAAAGUAUCUAUACUUGGACACUCACUUGGAUCCCUUCUGGCCUUUGAUAUUCUUAGUACACAACCAAUGACACCUAUGGAAGAAAAAUUCACCAAAUCCAAGGAUCGAUUACCAUUACCUUUGGGAAAAAAGACACCAAUAUUGGAUUUCCCGGUUGAAAACUUUUUUGCAGUAGGAUCACCAUUGGGAAUUAUUUUAUUAUUACGUGGAUUCAAAAUCUCAUCAAGACAUGCUCUUACACAAGGUGGAAUGUCUGAAUGGGAACAAAGUAGUGCUUCACUUGUGGAUAACAAUCAAAGUAUACCUAUUUCUUAUUAUUACCCUGCGGUGAAGAAUUUGUAUAAUAUAUUCCAUAAUUCUGAUCCUGUGGCAUAUCGAUUAGAGCCUUUGAUAGCUCGACAUUAUGGUGCCAAGGAAAAACCAGUACCUAUUCCAUAUAUCAAAGGAGGAUUAAAAGGGGUUUUAGAUGCUAGUUUCAACAUGGGAACAGGUUUGGCCAAAAGUGCUGGUGCAUUUUUUGAUUCCUUCAAGACCAACUGGACCAAUAGUGUAAUUAUGCGUGGAUUUGGAUUGAACAAGAUAGAAGAUACUCAUACUGGUACAAAUAAUGAUGAUUCUGGGGAAAAGGUAGAAAUGGGGAAAUUCACAAAUGAAAAAUCCAUGGGUGCAAAGAAAUUGGCCAUGUUGAAUCCAAAUACUGGUAGAGUGGAUUUUUGUCUUCAAGAAGGCAUCCUUGAAAAUGCUUAUUUUAGUGCUCUUAGUGUUCAUAUGAAUUAUUGGCAGGUAUAUAUAUAUCUAUAAAAGGAUUCGAAAAGAAACUCAUUUUUUUUUUUUGAUAUAUAGGAUCUUGAUGUGGCAGCCAUGUUGGUGCGUGAAGUGUACAAAAAUUGAUUAUUUUUUUUUAUAUAGUUUGAUUAGAAUAGUAUUAUUUGUGUAAAUAGAUUAUAUAAUAAAAGAAUGGGCAUUGUGUUUAUAAAA